UACCCAUGCGACUUGGAGGCGCACCGGCUCCACAGACGAGAAACACCGCACUAUGGCCUCGCUCUGAGUCUCCUCACACGACUGUGGUGUACGUACCGAACCGGCAAUCCGUCACCAUCGACGCCCUGAUCAUGGACCUACGGUCCAGAGGCUUUUUUCGGGGCAAUCGGAGUUGUCAAUAGUACUCCCAAAGUACUAUAUUAUUUGAUUUUGAGCACUGUCACUUUUGCACGCCCGGGGAUUUAAACCGAAGUGACAGCAGCAGCAGCACUCACCCCAGCUGCCGGUUAGCUAACUAGCUCGCUAAGUCAGUAGCCAAGAAAAGGGCAUCACUUUUCUUUUGGAGUAAAGGACAAGGGAACUACAACACCACUGCUUUCAUUAACUGAAGACUGAUCAGAGGCCGACCCCCCGAGUUCACAUCUUACAACAUAUUCACUACUGAUUCCCGAAAGGCUGGCAACACAACGCCACCCUAAUGCAGAACCAUAAAAGAACGUGAAAUGAACAAACCACCACAGCCUAUAACGGGACCCACUUCUGUCCCAAACCCUGCCCCUUCCCCUGGAUUAACACAGGCUGCCUACGGCCCCGGACAGCCCCCUUCUCUUGUUUUUGCCACCCCUCCACCUCCACAAAUGAACUCUGCGCCACAGCCAAGACAGUUUGCUGCAGGGCCCCGUACUUUACACCAACAGAGUUACUAUCCAAACCGACCAACCAUGGCCACCAGUGCUCCAAGGGUACAGACGAGUAGUGGCCCUCGACCUGUUGGACCUGCUCACGUCUACCCGCCCAGCUCCCAGAUGAUGAUGAUUUCCCAGCAGCAGCUGUCUUUUGCUGGCUCCCCUCAGAGCUACUUCAUCCCCCCUCAUGGACAGUACCGGCCUCCAUACAUGCCUCCCACUCAGCAGUAUCCUGUGACCAGCGGUACAGCGGGAUUCUACCCGGGAACCAGCCCUGCUGAAUACACCACUUAUGAGCCCUCUCUUGCUGCGAGGGAGAGGCGGGGUGGUGGGGGGAGAGGAGGUGGGCGAGAGAACGGCCGUCUCUCUCUCCACGGUGCUCCUCUCACCUCCCAGCGCUACCCCGCAGGAGCAUACUACCCAGCUCAGCCGCAGUACUCUCCGUCUGUCCAGCCUGCACCAGUCAUGAUCAGCCCCGCCCAACAACAGCAACAAGCCCCGCCUCCACAGCAACCACCGGCACAGUCACAAGGCCCGCUAAAGAGGGAACGCAAACCGGUAGUGUGUCACAACAAAAGAGCAGCACAUCUCUUGUCUGAGAUAAGGAUACGAGACCCCAACCAGGGCGGGCGUGAUAUCACAGAGGAGAUAAUGUCCGGUGGAAGGUCCACCACCACACCGACUCCCCCACAGGCCUCCAUAGGUGAUGGAAGUCCUGCACAGACCAACGGUGAAGUCGUACAACCUGUAACUCCAGUAACGAGAAGAGAUGAAAACAUGGAGACCCCUGCUAGCUCUGAAACCCCCCCUCCACCUCCUGCCACACCAAACGCAGAGCCCAUGGUGGAGUCCAAACAGGAAAAGGACACCCAGGUGACACCGUCUGCUGAAUUAGCCGCACAAUCUGUAGCCCCCACAGCUGCUACUGAGGUGCCAUCACCGUCGAUAAAGGACCAGCAGCCUCCCUCUUCUCUCCCUCCUGCAGUAGCAUCUACUACUCCUCCCGCUGAGGCGGAAAAUACAGACGAUACGAAAGUCGGCGACACGGUAGAUGCUCCUGUCGUCCCCUCAGCAUCAUUAGCCGCACAAGAGGCUCCUGUCAAAAUGGAGGAGCCGCAGGCUGCCCCAGCUCCUGCUGAGAAGGCACCAGAAAAGGAGGAAAGGAAAACAGAGGAAGCGAUGAAAAUGGAAAAAGAGGAGCAGGUGGUCAGCUCCAAGUCAGAGCCUGCAGUCGAGGUUGAAGCAAUAGUCAGCGUGGCAAAAGAAGAAACUGCUGCAAAGACAGCAACUGAGAUGUCUCAGCCUCCACACCCUGCCCUGGAACCUGCUGCUCCACAGACCCAGAACGCUGUCCAGAGCUCUGCCCCCGAACCUGAGCCCACGCCGGCUGAACCGGCAGAGCCUCUUCUCGCCAACGGCCUCCCUCAGGACAUUGAGGAACUGUCUGAGGACACGGCAGUUUCAGACACUACACCCCUUGACAAGCCUGACGCUUCUCAAUCUCAGGAACCCACGCCUGUGGCUAAAACAGUGACGCCAGCCCAGGAGGAGGAGGAUGAGGUGGAGGUGGUGGUGGAGGAGGAGGAGAAGAAGAAAGGGGAAGAGGGGAAGGAGAAAAGUGAGGAUGUCCCCCCUCCCUCUGGUCCUACAGAGGAAUCUACUAUGCAAGCUGCUACGUCUGUGCCAAAGAAGAGGAAGAACAUGAAGGAGCUCAACAAGAAGGAGGCCAUCGGAGACCUCCUGGAUGCCUUCACAGAGGAGCAGGGUGCCAAGCCCGCUCCCGAACCCUCAUCCACUCAGGCCGACCCUGUCCCUGUUGCUCCAGCUGAACCUCCCGCUGAGCCCGCUGACGAGACCUGGGAAGAGAAAGAGGACAAGCAGAGCGCAGAACCCGACAGGCCCAAAGCCACACCUGAGCCAACUGAGCAGAAAUACCAGUACAAAGAAGAACAAUGGAAGCCGAUAAACCCAGAAGAGAAGAAGCGGUACGACAGGGAGUUUCUCCUGGGCUUCCAGUUUAUCAGCGCCAGUAUGAACAAACCCGAGGGCCUGCCCAUCAUCAGCGACGUGGUCCUGGACAAGGUGAACAAGACUCCCCUGCGGCCCGCUGACCCAUCCCGACUGAUGAACGUUGGUCCUGAUUUCACCCCCUCGUAUUUGGGGAAUCUUGGGAGCAGAUCAGUGGGAGGACCACGAGGCCCGCCCCCUGGGCCACGUCGCUCCCAGCAGGGUCAGCGUAAAGAACCCAGGAAGAUCAUCAGCAGCAUGUCCCUCAGCGAUGACGUGCAGCUUAACAAGGCCGAGAAGGCCUGGAAGCCCACGGUGAAGAAGGGUGCUCGCAGCCGCGGCAGCGAGGAGGCCGAAGAAGAGAAUUCGGAGCAGGUCAAGACCCAGGAGCUGUUCAAGCGCCUGCGCAGCAUCCUCAACAAGCUGACGCCUCAGAAGUUCCAGGAGCUGAUGAAACAGGUGACGGAGCUGACGAUAGACACCGAGGAGAGGUUGAAGGGAGCCAUUGACCUCAUCUUUGAGAAGGCCAUCUCAGAGCCCAACUUCUCUGUGGCCUACGCCAACAUGUGCCGCUGCCUUAUGGGACUGAAAGUCCCUACUUCAGACAAACCAGGAAUUUAUGUCAACUUCCGCAAACUGCUGCUCAACCGCUGCCAGAAAGAGUUUGAGAAGGACCAGGAUGAUGAUGAGAUUUUCGAGAAGAAGCAGAAAGAGAUGGAGGCUUCCAAAGAUGAUGAAGAGCGUGAGCGUCUGAGGGUGGAGCUGGAGGAGGCCAGAGACAAGGCCCGCCGCCGCUCGCUGGGUAACAUAAAGUUCAUAGGCGAGCUCUUUAAGCUUAAGAUGCUGACAGAGGCCAUCAUGCAUGACUGCGUAGUGAAACUACUGAAGAACCAUGACGAAGAGUCUCUGGAGUGUCUCUGCAGGCUGCUCUCUACCAUUGGCAAAGAUCUGGACUUUGAAAAGGCCAAGCCUCGUAUGGAUCAGUAUUUCAACCAGAUGGACAAGAUAAUCAAAGAGAGGAAGACCUCAUCCAGGAUCCGCUUCAUGCUGCAAGACGUGUUGGACCUCAGGAGGAAUAACUGGGUGCCUCGCAGAGGAGACCAAGGUCCCAAAACGAUCGACCAAAUCCACAAAGAGGCAGAGAUGGAGGAGCACAGGGAGCAGAUCAAAGUCCAGCAGCAGCUCAUGUCUAAGAAGGAGGCAGGAGGAGGAGUAGGAGGAGGCAGGAUGGGAGGGAGCAUGGGGGGCCGUGGACCUCACACGCCAGGGGGCGGCCGGGUUACCCAGCCUCAGGACGAGGGUUGGAACACGGUGCCUAUUUCCAAGAACAGGCCCAUCGACACCACCCGCCUCAGCAAGAUCACAAAGCCUGGUGCUCUGGAUUUCAACAAUCAACUGUUGGCUCCAGGAGGCAAAGGCAUGUGGGGUAGCUGGGGCAAAGGCAGCAGUGGAGGAACUGGAGCUAAGCCAGCAAGUGGAGAGCAGGAUUCUGGUCGUCCAACUACCAGCACCCUCAACCGUUUCUCUGCGCUGCAGCAGUCUGGGUCAUUGUUGUCUUCAGCAGACUCUGAUCGCAGAGUUCCUCAGAGGUCAAGCUCCAGUCGCGAGCGCGGUGGUGACAGAGACAGGGGCGACCGCGAGAGGGACCGCUUUGACCGCUUCGACCGCAGCGAGGGACGGGAAGGUCGCGACGACAGGAGCAACCGGAACCAAAUCACCAAGAGGAGCUUCAGCAGGGAGUCGCAGGAGCGCGGCGGCAGGGGCGGAGACAGCCGGGCCACGACUGAGCCCGUGCGCCGCGUCGCCAGCAUGACUGACGACAGGGACAGAGGAAGUCGGGACAGGGGAAGCAGAGACAGAGGAAGCCGGGACCGAGGGAGCCGGGACAGGGGUCCAAGCAAAGAUCUCGCAGCCAAGCGUGAGAGCGCCCCCACUCCUCCUCCUUCUCUUCCUAAACCCGCUUUGUCUGAGGAGGAGGUGGAGAAGAAGACGAACGCCAUCAUUGAAGAAUACCUCCACAUCAAUGACUUGAAGGAGGCGCUGCAGUGCGUGGCGGAGCUCAACAGUGCCUCGCUGCUCUACGUGUUCGUGCGGAACGGCGUAGAGUCGACGCUUGAGCGCAGCACCAUCGCCAGGGAGCACAUGGGCCUGCUGCUGCACCAGCUCAUAAAGGCGGGGACGUUGCCCACACAGCAGUACUACAAAGGGCUACAAGAGAUCCUGGAGGCAGCAGAGGACAUGGCCAUAGAUAUACCUCACAUCUGGCUCUACCUGGCUGAACUCAUCACCCCCAUGCUUCAUGAGGGAGGCAUCCCUAUGGGACAGCUCUUCAGGGAGAUCUCAAAGCCUCUCGUGCCUCUGGGGAAGGCCGCCGUGCUGCUGGUACAGAUCCUCAAGUUGCUCUGCAAAGGAAUGACUCCUAAAAAAGUCGGAGCCAUGUGGACGGAGGCUGGGCUGAACUGGAGUGAUUUCUUGCCCAAAGAUGAAGACGUCAACAAGUUUGUCACUGAUCAGAAAGUGGAUUUCACAACAGGAGAGGAGAUGGAAUCAAAGGAAGUGGGAAAGAAGAAGGUCCUGAGUGGAGAGGAGCUCAGCAAACAGCUGGACAGACUCCUUCAGGACAAGGCCAACAACCAGCGAAUCAGAGACUGGGUUGAGGCUAACUUGGACGAGGAGCAGGCGACUUCCAACCAGUUCAUUCGAGCGUUGAUGACAUCAGUGUGUCAGUCUGCCAUCAUAUGCGACAACCCAUACAGGGUGGAUGCACGGCAGAUCAACCAGAGGGCCAGUCUGCUGCAGAAAUACCUGUGCGACGAGCUGAAGGAGCUGCAGGCCCUUUACGCCCUGCAGGCUCUGAUGGUGCACAUGGAGCAGCCAGCAAACCUGCUGCGGAUGUUCUUCGACGCCCUGUACGACGAGGACGUCAUUAAAGAGGAGGCCUUCUACAAGUGGGAAUCCAGCAAAGACCCAGCAGAGCAAACAGGCAAAGGUGUGGCCUUGAAAUCCGUCACCGCCUUCUUCACCUGGCUCCGCGAGGCCGAGGAGGAGUCUGACAAGGACUAAAAGACAGAAACUUAAAGCCGCCGCUGCCCUUCCUUUGUUAAGGUGGGGAGAAGGGGGGGGGGGGCUCCACAGGCGGCCGUGGCGAGUCGAGGACAAUAUUGCCAGAGAGGCAGACUCAAAUCAAUCCUCAGUGAGGAUAAAUCUUUAUUAUUUUUUUUUUCUUUUCUUUGAGGGAUGGACUCAGAAAACAAUCAUUUCUCUCUACCCUGCCUCUCUCUGCUUCCUCAUUAUUUCCCCACCUGCUUGUCACAGCAAGUGUCCUAAUCAAAUAAACUUGAAAACUGAUUCAGCAGGAUUGCUUGUUAACGAGGUGUGAAGUAUCCCACAUCACUACAAAAACUUUUUUGUCACAAUAACAAAAACCAACAGGCUGCUUUUCUACACUUCUAGAUAAUUACAAUGCCUAUCAUCCCAUCUGAUCUGCAAGAAUAAACAGCAGGGCGUGUGGUGUAGUGGGUUCCCCUGAUACAUGGGUGGUAUCAUGCCAUAAUGUGUGUUCAAUCCAUACACAGCUCUUCUCCUAUGUCUUUGUCCCUUACUGGAGUGUGCAGCAUGACUGAAGUGUGUUUCUAUUAAUUAUAAGGGCGGGGAGGUGGGGGGCGAAACGUCGCUCAACAAACAUGUACAUGAACUAAUCUUAAUUUGUUGGAUGGAGUUUUUAAAGCAAAUGGGUUUGUCUAUUUUCACUUCCUGUUUCCUAUCAUGAACUCACAGAGGAUGGAAAAAACAGGAGGACUGGUGUUGACCUUUGACCUUGACUACUAGGGGGUGGUCUUAAUGCUUCCUCUAAGCCAUCCUCACCCAUCCCCAGUAGUGAACCACACUGACUCUUCAUCUUUACCUCUUCUGUACUUAAAACCUGAGCUGUCGUAGAGGACACUUAAUGACCCAAUCACCGUUAAAACUUGAAAUCUACAGAAAAAAUUGACUUGAUGAUAUAUAUAAAGUUAAAAAAAACAAAAAAAAAAAACACAGAAAUGAUCCGAAAGCCUUUUCUACUUUAAGUGGAAACUAAUUUCAGGAGCGUUCUGUAAAUAUAUAACGAUAAUAAUAAUAAUGAUAAUAAAAACUUUUUUUUCCAGUUUUAUUUUUCAGAAACGAUAAAUUGCUGAUGUAAUUGCAGUGUAUCCUUUUCCAACAGCAGUUGUCCAGAUGCAGAGAGGUGCUUUAGAUAAUCCAUUGAUUAUUAGUUUUAUUGGAAUUUUGUAAAUAUUUUUUUGCUUUCUUUAUUUAAGAAAUUAUUGCUUCUUUUGCAUCGGAAACUGGAAAGAUGAGGUAACGGAACAUUGCAAAUAAAGGACUUAUUAAGUUGC